CUGUCCUUAAUGGGGUGUAAUCUGUUCGAACAAAGUCCUAGAAGCAUCUUGAGAGAGGGAGAGAGAGAAAGAGAGUGUGCGUGUGUGUGUGUGUGGAGAAGGAGAAUAGCCAAAGCAGUCACCAUAGCCCGAAGCAGGUUGGUCUGACUUGGGAGUUCUUGUUUAAACACAGACUAGAGCAGUUGAGUUACCUGUGAAUUCAUUGUUCAUUACAUUGGUUUGAUCAUUUUAAAGGGUUGGGACUCAAAGGGCUGAGAGAUAUGCCCCCUCAAUCUUCAGGCUUACAUGGAAGUUUUGAUGGCAUGUGUGGAGUCGGAAAAAAGAAAAUAAGGAAAUCACGCACAGUAUCUCUACCAUUCCAGAAAUCCAAAUCCGUAUUCCAUAUCGUCUCAACGCCCAGAAGGUUGUCUUUGUUCCAUCGUCGCAUCGUCUCAUCAUCUUCUUCGUCGUCCCUACGCCGUCAGUCGCCGAAAUCGUGGAAUCACCAUUGUUGAACAUCCGUAAGGUCUAUUUUCGUCAAAAUCACCUUCGACGACUAUUUGUGACAACGCAACCGUCGAAAUGGGCAAAAAAUAUCUUGCACAGAAGAAAACCUUAAAGAGAAAAAGAGACGAGUACCAUGUCAAGGAUGAAAGUCCACAAGCAAAUACUAGCAGCAAUGUUGACAUGCGGCGUGCGAACUACAGAUCUAACAUGACCGGACUGGUGAAAUUAAUGAAAAGCACCAAAUUCACACAAGCACAACUUGGCUGCCUGCAACAAACACCUUUUUGGCAUUUGUUAGAUGCAUUGAGAAACAGUGAGAUCGACCUUGACAAAUGCAUGAAGUACGAUGAUGUUGUUGUGUAUGUUCUACAAAUGUACAAAGCUUCAAAAGAUGCCUUCUACAUUGGGGAGAAGAAGAUGAACAUACACGACAACGACAUCAAGUUGAUUUUUGGUGUGGAUUGUGGCAUCAAGCCGAUGGACAUAUCAUAUGGUGCGAAAUCAAAGACUGGCAUUAUAAACAAAAGGUGCAAAAAUGUCAGCCGGUUGACUUCAAAAUGGAUAUGCACCCUUUUGACUGAGGCAUUGAAAGGCAAAAAGAAAGAUAACAACGAAGAAGUCGCCCCGACUAGUCUACAUGAUGCUUGCCAAAAUUUUUUUUUCUCAACAAGCGGUGAGACGAUAGGAUAGGGCUACUACGCACAUAUGGUCCCAUUGGAAAGCAUGCAAGAAUAUGAUUGGGCCAAUUAAAUUAGAACAACGCUGACAUCCUCCAUUUCCCAAAACGACAAAAAGCCAGCAAAAGUCAUCGGCUGUGUCAUGUUAUUGAUGUAUUGGUUGUCUGAGCACACAACCAUCCCACAACCUCACAAGCCCAAUGCAUUUCCUCACUGUGUCGAGUGGGAUUUGACUACUUUACAAAAGAAGAUGAAAACCACCUCUUUGGCUGAUAUUGGUUUUAAUAAGGUUAAUGCCGGCGAACUCUUUGCAACACCAACAGAAUUACAAAAGUUCAGGCGUACAACAUUGAAGGUGGAGGCCGAAAUUUACGAACCAGCCGCAACAUCUCCCAACCUAUCUGACAUCAAGGAAGAACAACACAAUGGCAGCGACUUCCAAUUUUCUGGGGAUGGAGUUGAGCUAAAGGACAGUAAUGCGGACAUUCAUAUUCUGUUUACCAGCCCACAUGAUGAGAGAGCUAUUCUCAUAGCAAACACAAACCAACUUGAUUUCAUUGAUGUGCUUAUCAAAGAAAAUUGGAAGGCUUGGAGCGUCAUAAGGCAAUGGGAAGCAAAGUACAAACACCUUCAAUUCUCAUGGGAGUUAAGGGCAAGAGUCAUAGCUAAUCUUGAACAUAAAUUGUUCAACCAGUCAAGCCCACCCAACAUGAAUACCGAAGUAAAAAAGUGCAUGGAGCAGAAAGAUGAAGAAAUUAAGCGCUUAACGCAGCUGGUCAUCGACUUAGAAUGCGAGAAAACAAUUCUUCAGGACCUUCACGAUGACCAGUCAGUCCACAUUGUCACACAGGCUGAGGCACAGAAACAACCCCCUAGCCCAAUGCAAUACAAUCUCAGCCCACCUUCUAGGGUGAAGCGUAUAAAGGAAAAAGAUCGGAAAGAACAUCACUUGCCUGACUUCCAGUACCCAAACUUACCUGGCCAAAAACAGCUCCAUAUAGUCGAAAUGGUUGAAGAUGUGGACAAACACCCACCAGCGAAGCACCCAAAAAAAUUAACCUUGACCAACAAGUUCAGAGUCUGGAGCGAGAUGUCCAAACAAGACAAGCAAAAGGUCCAGGCUUUACAAAAGAGUGGAGACGAUGAGCUGCUUGUGUGGAAAGGAGACUCGAAGUCUACACGUGUAUUUUGAUGACAUUGUCAACCUUAUCAAGGAGGAAUCGAUACACAGUAAUCUCAUAGAUGCAUAUGCCGAACUAUUACAUGAAUAAGAGGUGGUCAACCCAACUUCAGAUGAAGCGUCAUUCAUCUUCACGAGCAUGUGUUUGAAAGUGAUACGAGAGUACCAUCCUCGCAAAAUGAGUAAACACAUUGAUGCACAUGUCAAAAACUACUAAGGAGAGAAAUACCUACUAUUCCCAUUGCGCCAUGACUUCCACUGGUCGAUAGUUGUGUACGAUGCUAAAGACAAUUUGUGAAGGCAUUACAACUCAUUGCGCCCAAGGACAGGCAUACAUGACCCGCAUAUCGACCAAGCACAGGAAGUUAGGAAGUACAUCGAGAACGUUGUGCGUGUUAUUGGCGAGUCAUCACCGUUAUGCACUAAGUUAGCAGGCCAAAACCCGUCACAACCAAUCAUAUCAGUUGAUGUCUGUCCUCGGCAGGGCGACGACUCAGUGGGCCGUGGACAUGCAAUAUGUUACAUCAUGCGGGCGCACAUAUACCAUGAAGAAAUUGUGGGCAACCUCACUAGUUCUGAAUGGUGUGGACUACGAGAUUUGUUAGUACAUAGUUUUUUGAAUCAUAAGAAAUCAGAGUGUCAUUAAAACCUAUAGGCGGGGGGUGUCCACCUACAAACUAACCAACACUCGAUAUGAAUGUUAAUAUCAAUUGCUUUGACAUUUCGACACAACAACUGAUUGUAAAACAAUGAUACAACAUCUAUUAAUGGAAAAAAGCCACCUGUGAAUUUUGAUCUA